AAGGGAAAGACUGCAAUAAAUGCCUUUCAUUCACCUAAACAAAUACGAUUUUCCAAAAUCAUUGUAUCAAGCAAACCAUCCAGGAGUACUGUAUCCCAGCAUAUGCGUAAAAAAGAAAUGGCUGCUAAAGAUUUGGAUUUUGGUCCUUGGGAGGAUGGUACGUUAAAUGAAAGGUUGACUCCAUAUCAAUGCUUUAAAGGGAGCACUGAAUGCGUGAAAUUCUCAUUGGGCGCAGCUCUACAGAAUUUGGAAGGAAACUCGCUUUGUGCUCGUUGUGAAGAGCCAUUUACCCCGGAGGAGAAGAUCAUCUCUUGCAAGGAGCAAUUAUUUCAUGACAGUUGCUUUGUUUGUUCCCAGUGCUUCAGACCUCUUGAAUUAUCCGAGUUUUACGAGCAUAAGGGCAGGCGGUAUUGUAGAUACGAUUUUCAAAUCCUGAUUGCACCGCUUUGCUCCAGAUGCGGGCAGUUCAUCAUGUCCAGAGGGAUCAAAGCGAUGCACCAAAGUUGGCAUCCAGAGUGCCUAACAUGCGAAUUCUGUGGUCUCCCACUGGUGGCAGCGGGACUUCAAAAGUUUCAAAACAAGUGA